AUGAAAAGUGUUCUUAAAAGCAAAUAUAUAAACACCGAAGUCAAUUUAGGUGGGGACAAUGUUCUGAGCCCUACAACAGUGACUGUUCGUCAAUUUGUCCAAAAGACUCCUUUGGCUGAUCAAGCUAGAUACCUAAAGCGCCAUCAAAUAGGCGAUUAUAAUAAGCUCAUGUGAGCUAAAUCAUUACCUGUGCUUAAGAUGUCCAGAAAUCUCACAUCAAGCCAAAUAAAGAUUCCUUUAACUACUCAUAAUUAAUAUGGCAGUGGUGGCAAAAUAUGCGCUUAACGACAACGCGCCACUGUGGGCGCCAAAAUUGCUAUAUAACCUAAACCAAGGUGCUAGCCCUUUGAUUCUAACCCUAAGUAUGUAGCUACCGUGGUUGGCUUUGGGAGUCAGCAGUAGGACCCAUAUCAAUGUAGCAGAAAACAAAACAGUGCCUCUAUCACUUUUUAAGUAGGCCUUUGGGUCUGGUGAUUCCUGCCAAAGAGUGAAGUUUUGUUUCUCCGCCGAAGGUUUUCCUGUCCCUGACAGAUAGGCUAGACAGACCUUGCCUCUGGCAUUGCAUUUGUCUAUCAAAACUAAAGGGGUAUCCUCUAACCUAGCUAAUCUUUAACUUAGGCGGGUUUAAGCCAGAUGGGCAAGGCAGUGGUCUAUCCAUUUAUUGCCUUAUAUUAUUUAACUUAAUUUUAACUACUCGAACCUCCUCUUUCAAGCCUCAAUAUAAGCCUAAAAAGACUUUAAGCACUCCCAGAGUUGAGAUUAUUCAAAAAAUUUCCAAAAAGACUCACAAUAUUAUAAGGUAUGCAAAUAAGCCAAAAAAAGAAAAAUUAGUAUUGCCAGAAAAAACAAAAGAAGUCGGAAACUCAAGCCUACACGUGAUUCAAUUUACGCUUGAAACUCCAAGCAUUCUGCCUGAGCCAAUCCUAUAUCAUCAAGAGCCUCCUAUUACGCUCCCUCAUCUGACAGAGCAGAACCCAACAUCUCAUUGCUCAACUCCUUCUCCAAUCCCUCCACCAGUUCUGCCUCCUAAGCCAUUUAAAAAAGAAUUUGUAGUGAAGCCAAUAUCAAAUUUUGAGUUUGUUCAAGAAAUAAUUUAA